UAUAUCCUAUCAGCUACAGGUUUUACUAACUGUAUCUGUACCCCAAGAGACACAGAUUACUUUGCACUCCUACUGAAAGCCCUAGUGAACAGGAGACUCAGAAAAACAUUGUACCUAAAAGCCUCACUCGUCAAUCCAAGAGCUCUGAGCUUGCCCACAUGUGAACAUGCACAAAUACCUUCGCGUCCACAUAAAAAUAUCCUCCAAUAUUUCCCCCUCCUCCUGAAUCUUUCCCCAAAAAGAGACAAAAGUAUGCGAGCCGACGUAGCCUCAGUGUUCUCUUCUCCUCCCCCAUUGACCUAUAGGAGGAGCAACACCCUGUGCAGCAUGAGGAGAGAGAGAAAGGCACCCCCCAAGGGCUCUCGGCCUUUAAUUCCUCUUUCACUAUUUGGGUCAGGCUUCGUCUUGGGCCCUCUUCUUGAUGGAAUCCAUUCAAGGGUCAGCCUGCAGACGUACCACAACGGAGCAGUUGAUAUUGGCCCUCUUCGCACCAGCAUAUGGGUAUCAAUCCUACCCACCUGUUUUCAAGAUGUUCCGCCUUUGCUUGGGCUUUUCUACUGCACUGUAGGAUUACUGCAGCUCUAUCUGGACGAGAGAGCCCCUCCUAACUCAAAACCUCCAGUUGGAAGCCUGGAUAAAGCGAUUCUCUCUUUAAUAACUCUCGCAGCGUUUAUCGAGCUGAGCGCUGAAAUGCACAAAGCAAACGUAGCCAGCGACAUCGAAGCGUACACCUUGUUUGCAACGGCAGAAUUUGUGUGGCUCCUCCUCGAUAGAACUUGGUCGGGCUUCACCUUGGCUUGUCUCGUUGGCUUUGCUUGCCCUCUUGCUGAGAUCCCACUGAUAAAACUCUUUCACCUAUGGGAUUAUCCGAGGGCGGAUAUCAUAGUUUUCGGCGAGGGAUUGAUCAGUUGGACGACGACAUGUUAUUUUGUGUAUACACCGUUCUUGAUCAAUUUUUCGCGGUGGUUGAAAUCGGUGUUUGCUGGUGAUGAUCAAUAGGCGAAGGCAGCAGCGGUCGUAAUUUGCUGUUCACUGUCUGAUCGCUUCGGUGAUGUUCCGUGUAUACUUGUUAUACUUGGAACUAAAAAUGUAUCUAGUGAGUAAAGCUGGAAAGAAUUAACACUUUCUCUAGAUUAGCACAUAGUUGAUAACUGAACCGCAGAAAAUUUUGAAUUUGAUGAAGAUGACCGGGAUUGUCCGGCCCAUCAAGAAGUCGACAAGUUGAUCUACCAUUUACAGUACUACGUACUAAUUAAGUUGAUCGAUCUCCUUAGCUUGUAGCA